ACGAAAAGAAACAGAGACGCACUACUAAGAUUACAGUUUAGUCACCACAUGAUCGAUUCCUUGUCACCGGAGGCUAUCACCCUUUCUACUUUCUCUCACUUCCACUAAAUCCCUCUACCAUCUCUCUCUACCAUCUCUCUCAGCCCCAGUGGGAAGAGCAUUUUCAACGCGACUUCUUCAUCAUCUCCGAUGUUUUUACCGGUUUGUUUCCAAAACCGCCGAGAAAUAUAAAAAACUUGAAAAGAAAAGAAAAAAGAUUGAAUUUUUACAACUUUUCUUGCUCUUGCUGAACUGACUCAGCCUCAAUCAUGGACUCCUCCAAGUCCCUGAGAUUCAUAGCCCACCAAUCAUUCUUCUCCGCCGUCCGAUGCGAUGAUCGGGAAUCGCUCAAGAACCUCAUCGAGAGUGAAGGGUCUGAUCCAUCUUCGUUGAUGGCCCUUCAAAACGAUGAGAAGGAAACUGCCCUUUAUAUAGCCGCAGAGAAUAAUUUUUUCGAGACUUUCAUCUACUUGCUCAGUUUCUGCGAUUUGGAGACUGUGAAGAUAAGGGCGAAGUCGGAUAUGAAUGCCUUCCAUGUCGCUGCAGCUAAGGGCCACUUGGGAAUCGUGGAGGAACUUGUUAGCAAGUGGCCUGAGCUUUGUAGAGUUUGCAACUCUUCAAACACGAGCCCUCUCUACACAGCUGCUGCCCAGGAUCAUCUAGAUGUAGUUAAUGCCAUAUUAGAUGCAGACCCGGACACAAUAAGGAUUGUAAGGAAAAAUGGUAAAACAGCGUUGCAUACGACAGCAAGAUAUGGCCAAUUGAGUAUUGUAAAAGCACUUAUUCAAAGGGAUCCCGGAAUUAUAUCCAUCAAGGACAAGAAGUGCCAAACUGCUCUGCAUAUGGCUGCCAAAGGUCAGAAUACUGCCGUCAUUGAAGAACUACUAGAAGGUGACAUUUCAAUCUUAAACGAGAGUGACAAGAAGGGGAAUACUGCUGUCCAUAUAGCUACACGGAAAAGCCGCUCUCAGAUAGUUACACUUUUACUGGUAUAUAGAUCCAUUGAUGUGAAUGCCAUCAACAAUGAUCGUGAAACUGCAAUGGACAUAGUGGACAAACUCCAGUACGGAGUGCCUGCUCUUGAAAUUACAGAAGCCCUAACCGAGGCCGGUGGCAAGCAUGCUAGGCAUGUUGGGAAAGUUGACGAAGCAAUGGAGCUCAAGAGGACAGUGAGCGACAUCAGACACGAAGUCCAGUCCCAGCUCAUCCAAAACGAGAAGACACAAAGACGAGUCUCUGGCAUUGCCAAGGAACUCAAAAAGAUCCACAGAGAAGCUGUCCAGAACACCAUAAACUCUGUGACCGUCGUAGCUGUUCUAGUUGCCUCCAUUGCCUUCCUUGCGUUGUUCAACUUGCCUGGCCUGUACUCGACGGAUGGGCCAGAGGCUGGAACUGCCAUAAUCCAUGACACUGUUGCAUUCCGUAUGUUCUGCCUUCUUGAUGCCACAGCUCUCUUCAUAUCACUGUCUGUGGUUGUCAUCCAGAUCACAUUGGUUGCCUGGGACACAACGGCUCAGAAGCAGGUCGUCUCCGUGGUGAACAAGAUGAUGUGGGCAGCCUGCAUCAGCACUUGUGGGGCCUUCUUGUCAAUAUCGUUCGUCGUAGUUGGAACAAAGAGCACUUGGAUGGCUAUAACCAUAACUGCGUUAGGAGUCCCCAUUCUUGUUGGCACUCUGAUCAGUCUUUGCUAUUUUGUCUUCCGACAGCAUUUUGGGAUGUUUGGGAAUGAUUCUCAGAGACGGAUCAGACGGUCAAGUGGAAGCAAGUCGUUUUCGUGGUCUUACUCUGCACAUAUAUCCGAUUUGGACGAUUAUGAAUCUGAUGAGAAGAAGAUUUAUGCAUUGUGAGGUUCGACCAAGAUUUGUAUAUACUGAUUCUAUGCAGCAACCACGAGCUUAAUAUAUAUGCCACGAGAGUCCUCAUUUGUAUAUUGAGAAAACUCUACAUGUGCAUUGAGUAUCAAAUCUAAAUGUAUCCAAUUCAUAAAUAAUACAAGUAGAGAAUUUCGUCAAAA